UGAAAGUUGAGUGCCGACCGAGCACGUGUUGAAUUGUUUUUCUUUGAGGUUAAACCACCAUAAAUCUUUGCAAAUUAAUUGCAAAUGCAGUAGUUGUAAGUUCUAGUAAUUUUUAAAUAGUUCAUCGCCGAAAUGGGUAAAAGGAAGAAGAAGUUCACCGAGGGAGAGGCUACCGAGUACAUCUCCAGGAAUGUGGCACUUAAAAAACUGCAGCUCAACCUGAAGCAGUUUCGAACUCUUUGUAUUUUAAAAGGGAUCUACCCACGAGAACCAAAAGAAAGGAAACGUGCCCAAGGAGGAAAGGGUGGAAUCAAAACUUUGUAUGCCAAGAAAGACAUCCAGUUUUUGCUUCAUGAACCUAACAUCUGGAAGCUUUGGGAAGGACAGGCUUUGAACAAGAAGAAGAUUAAAGCCAAACAUGCUGGAAACUUCGAACAUCUGCGCGUUCUCACAAAGAACAAGCCUAGACUGAAAAUGGAUCAUAUAAUUAAAGAAAGGUACCCAACAUUUAUAGACGCCCUCAGUGAUCUAGAUGAUUGUUUGACAAUGUGUUUCUUCUAUGCAACACUUCCAAAAUUCUCCAAAGUUCCAAGAGCUAUUGUUAAUUUAGCCAGACGAUUAACUCUUGAAUUUCAACAUGCCGUGAUCGCCUCUCGCAGCCUUCGUAAAGCAUUUAUCUCUGUCAAAGGUUUCUAUUUCCAAGCUGAAAUUAAAGGGCAAACAAUAACAUGGACUGUGCCCCAUCAGUUUACCUUUAAUCCGGCAUCAAAAUUGGAAGCUGACUUUGGUACCAUGUCGACAUUUGUUCAGUUUUACAUCAACUUACUUGGAUUUGUUAACUUCAAGCUGUUUCACCAAUUGAAUCUUGUGUACCCGCCAAAAUUGAAUUUUGUUUCUGUGACCAAAACUGAAAAGUCACUAGUAGAUCCUGAAACUUAUAUAAUGGAAAGAGUUGCUGCGCUGAAUACACCUCUAAUGAGAGCUGGGCCUGCUCCUGUCGAUGAUGAUGUUGAGUUGGAUCAAUUUCCGGAUGGCGAUGAUCCAGAAGAAGCAGAGAGGGUGAAAAAAGAAUUUGAACAGGUGGCAAAAUUGAAAACAUUAUUCAAUGGACUGAAAGUUUUCCUCAAUCGAGAGGUCCCCCGUGAGCCGUUAGUCUUUAUUUUGCGCUGUUUUGGUGCAGAAGUCUCAUGGGACAAAACAACUUUUGUAGGAGCUACAUUUUCUGAAGAUGAUGAAACCAUCACUCACCAGAUCGUUGAUAGACCAAGUGUGGAAAAAAAGUUUAUUUCCAGAUAUUAUGUCCAGCCGCAAUGGGUUUUUGAUUGUGUGAAUCGAAGAGAAUUGAUCCCAACUGAUCAGUAUUUAAUCGGUGCUGAGUUGCCUGCUCAUUUAUCUCCAUUUGUUUCAUCCACAUCUACCACUCGUUAUGUUCCACCAGAAGAAAGGGCUCUCCAUGACCCAACUGUUAUGCUCAACAGAGGGGAAGACUCGGAUGAAAUUUCAUCAGCAGAAGAAGAAGAUGAAGAUGAUGAGAGUGAAAACAACAGUGAUUCAGAAAAUGAAGAAGGUGAUGAAAAUGAGAUGGAGCAGGAACAAAUUAGUCACGCAGGAAAUGAAAAAUUAGACAAUGAAGCCCUGACUGAAGAGGAAAGGAAAGAAAAAUUGAGACAAGAGAAGAAAGCAGAAAUGGCUGUUGCUGCCGGUAAAGUGCCUCGUUUUAACCCUUACGAUAAAUUUAGAUCCAACAAAGAAGAACAGUCUUUGAUUGAGAAAAUGAUUCCAAGAAAGAAACAGUACUUGUACAACCUAAUGAUGAAGAGGCGACAAGAGCGUGCCAGCAAAGUUCGAAAUUUCGCUCGUAAACGAGAAUUGAUCGAAAAAGAGGAGAAAAUCAAGAGGAAAGUCCAAAAGAAAAUUGAGCGAAAAAAGUCUGUUGCAGCUAUGAUGGCUGAAUAAACCUGUUUUAAUACUAGAUGUAUAUUUGUACAAAAUUUAUUAUAAUAUUUUUAAAUAAC